GGAGGAAGAGGAGGAGGAGGAGGAGAAGGAGGGCGGUGUUUUCCUGCGCGGCGCCGCGGCCGUCGCCCCGCCGCCGGCGAGCGUCAGGCGGGGGGGGGCCCGGCCCGGCCCUUCCCCUGGCCCCCGCGCCCCGAGGAUGGCAGCGCUGCCCGCACGAGUGGCUGGCGGCGGUGUCCCUCCUCUUUUUUUUUCCGGCAGCGGCGGCGGCGGCGGCAGCGGCGGCGGAUCAUUGUUGUGUGGGAGGAGGGCGGCGGGGAUGGACUUGAUCUCUCGGGUCUCCUGCUAAGGCGGCAGCACAGCGCGCCCCGCCGCCCAGCCAGCGCCGCGCCGGGCAGGGAGGGACCGGACCGGGCCCCCGCCCGCUCCCCGGCUCUUUAUUUUUAGGGGGCUCUGCUGCUCCUCUCCCUCUCCCUUAUCUCCCCCCCACCCCCUCUCCGCCCGCACACACGCACAGGGACACGCACGCACCCUCCUCCGGUGCCCUUUCAUCCUUCCCCCCGCCGUCCUCCCGCGCCGUCUCCUGCCGAGGCAGAUGCGCCGCGGGUCACCGCGCAGCUGGGACUAUGGUGAAAUUUCCAGCGCUCACUAACUACUGGCCCCUGAUCCGGUUCCUGGUCCCUCUCGGCAUCACCAACAUCGCCAUCGACUUCGGGGAGCAGGCAUUGAACAGGGGCAUUGCUGCUGUCAAGGAAGAUGCUGUGGAAAUGUUGGCCAGCUAUGGGCUGGCAUACUCCCUGAUGAAGUUCUUCACGGGUCCGAUGAGUGACUUCAAAAAUGUAGGUCUGGUGUUUGUGAACAGCAAGAGAGACAGGACCAAAGCAGUUUUGUGCAUGGUUGUGGCUGGCGCUGUAGCUGCUGUAUUUCAUACUUUAAUAGCAUAUAGUGAUUUGGGGUAUUACAUUAUUAAUAAGCUGCACCAUGUGGAUGAAUCAGUGGGAAGUAAAACUCGGAGGGCCUUCCUUUAUCUUGCUGCCUUCCCUUUUAUGGAUGCCAUGGCAUGGACCCAUGCUGGGAUUCUGCUGAAACACAAGUACAGUUUCCUAGUGGGAUGUGCCUCCAUCUCCGAUGUCAUAGCUCAGGUUGUUUUUGUAGCCAUUUUGCUUCACAGUCACUUGGAGUGCAGGGAGCCUCUCUUGAUCCCAAUCUUGUCCUUAUACAUGGGAGCACUUGUCCGGUGUACCACGCUCUGCCUCGGAUACUACAGGAACAUACAUGAUGUUAUUCCUGACAGAAGUGGGCCUGAAAUGGGGGGAGAAGCUACCAUAAGGAAGAUGCUGAGUUUCUGGUGGCCUUUGGCAUUAAUUUUGGCAACUCAGCGAAUAAGUAGGCCCAUUGUCAACCUUUUUGUCUCCCGGGACCUAGGUGGCAGUUCUGCAGCCACAGAGGCAGUGGCGAUUUUGACAGCUACAUAUCCAGUGGGACACAUGCCCUACGGCUGGCUGACAGAGAUCAGAGCUGUGUACCCUGCUUUUGACAAGAAUAACCCCAGCAAUAAACUGGUGAACACCAACAGCACCGUCACAGCGACACAUAUCAAGAAGUUCACUUUCGUUUGCAUGGCGUUGUCCUUAACGCUCUGUUUUGUGAUGUUUUGGACGCCAAACGUGUCAGAGAAGAUUUUAGUUGACAUAAUUGGAGUAGACUUCGCUUUUGCAGAGCUGUGUGUCGUUCCUUUGCGCAUCUUCUCCUUUUUUCCACUUCCAGUGACUGUCAGAGCACACUUAACUGGUUGGCUGAUGACUCUGAAGAAGACAUUUGUGUUGGCACCCAGCUCAGUGCUGCGGAUUAUCGUCCUCAUCACCAGUCUCAUCGUGCUGCCUUACUUAGGAGUUCAUGGAGCCACUCUUGGAGUAGGAUCCCUUCUCGCUGGUUUUGUAGGAGAAUCCACCAUGGUUGCAAUAGCAGCCUGUUACGUCUAUAGGAAGCAGAAAAAGAAGAGGAAUGAGAAUGAGACAGCUGCAGAAGGUGAAGACUCUGCAAUGACCGACAUGCCUCACACGGAGGAAAUGACAGACAUCGUAGAAAUGAGAGAAGAGAAUGAAUAAUAAAUGGGAUGCAAUUGUUCUCUGCAGGGACGAUUGGAGUGACGCUUCAGCAUCUUGUCGUCUCUCAUACUUUUUUGUUUGUUCGUUUUUAUUUUUGUAAUAAAGAGGCCUUGAUUUAAAAGGUUUCAGAUAAAUUCUCUAGCAUACUGAGUAUGCUCUCACUGAUGAGGGACCUAAAAAGAGGUCUUUGCUUCUUUUUUUUUUUUUUUCCAAUUGAAUUUUUUUUUUUCUCACUCCAUGCAAGCGUAAAAGAUACAAUUGCAUCACUGUAGAGUCUUCCUUCCUUAUGCAUCCACCUUCUCUGGACAAUCUGCAUUUGUCAACCAAAGCCCUGCUCCUGUGCGCCUGUGCGUGUGCGGACCUGCGCUCGCACGCUCGCACACGCACACCGCCACGUGCCACUGGCUCAAUGCUACUGCCAUAACCCCACUCCCUCCCCUCUCUCCUUUUCCUUCCUUUUCUUUAUGAGAAAUGGAAAAGAAGUUUGGAAUACAGAGCUUUAUUUUACUUGCUUGAAAAUGACUUUGCUACAUAAACUAAUAUACUAUGGUGAACUAUAUCUUUUUGUUUGGCCUCAUCACUAGAGCUUAUACUGCACAGGGUACAAGACAGGGAGGAACUUGGGAGUCUCCCCAUAAAAAGUGGAGAAAAACAUGUUCCUCUCUCAUGUUGAAAGUGUGUGGAUGUGUAUAUAUACACACACAGGUACAUGAACAGAGACAUACAUAUAUAUAUAUUUAUAUAUAUAUAUGCAUAUGAUAAAUAAAAUACACACAGGACAAGAACUCUAUUUAGCUUUCAUUCCAUCAGAAAGAUAGUAAUCUUUUGAAAAAUAUAAACAUUUAAUUCAGAAUUUUCUUGAAUCAUUAAGUCCCACCUUACAUAUAAUUUUCUUUAGGAAAAAAAACAUGCACUUUCCUCUUGUGAAGAGGGUGAUGGCAACUGCUAGACUUUGACUGUAUUUGAAUAAAAGAAAAAUAAAUAUUGACAAGCUUUACCAAAGUUCUUGUCCACUGACCUAACUUUAAUUUUUAAAGGUUGAUUUGUUCUCUAUAAUUAUUUCUGGUGCCUCUAUAUUAAAAAAGAAUAAGAUCAGAUAAUGUAUGCAGGAUACCAUGCUAGAUAAUAUUACUACACAUAGUUCCAUGAAAUUUUUUAUAUACAGAUGUACACAUACGUGUGUGUGCAUGUGUAUACUUACUUCUAUACACAUGCACACACACACAAAGAAAUGUGUGUUUUGCUAUAAUAUAUUUACCUAUGCAGUAGAUUAAAAUCCAUGUGGUGAAGCUCAAGUACUGAUGGUCCUCCAAGCUGAAAAUUAGGGACUUUGGUGACCUGUCAGCUCUCAAGGCAGCGUUGUGUGGGAGCGAGGAGCCAUCCACAUCAGCCCCGUGGAGCUGUGCUUGCGGCUGGAGUGCGCCUUAAAUAACAGCCUGAGGUCGGGUGGGAGACUCAGGCUGGGUGAAAAUGAAGGCUGUGUAAGAGGUGAGGGAAGCAGAGAUGUUUUGGGUAUCACCAGUGCUGCUGUGGCAGCAGUUUGUGUUUCUGUGCUCUUCUGUGUUUGGCUGCGGGGCAGCACUUGUUACUGGUCUGUAGUAGAUUGGGUCCUUUCAGAUUUAAUCAUGUCAGAGUCUGGAAACCAUUAUCCUCCAUCCUAUAUCCAUAAAUCAAUUAAUUUAAACCUUAUUUAGUAAAAGUAUAUUUUUCUAAGUUGUGGAAAUUAUUAUUUAAUUGUGGACAAAUUAUGUUUCUAGAUUUAUUUGCCAGGUAGUCCCAGCAGUCAGAGAACUGAUGAAAACUAAACAUUACUUUAAAUGUUUUAUCAGUAUAUGUGUAUGUAGACAUACACAUGUGUAUAAAUAUAUAUAUAUAUUGUAUAUUAUGUACAUUUAUUUUAAACUACAAUACGUUUCCUAUUUUUCCAAGUACAGCUAAAAAUGUCUCUACAAAACUACUGAGUUGACUAGUAACCAGUUAUGGCCAUCAUGAAAGGCAUUGUAUCAAUGAACUUUACAUUUUAUUGGAAAUAUUUGUACCAAUUUGUUACAUAUGCAAAUACAAUAAGAAAAAAAAAUUAGAAAUUACUGUGUUAGCUGACAGAUUUGCUAAAUCAGUUUACGGUUAAUGAGCAGUGGCACUAGAAGGGUAAGGCUAAAACCAGUAACCAUGUUUGCUGUGUCACCACAGGGUAAUACUUUUUGACAGUAGAUUAAAACAAAAUCUUUUAAAAAAAACCCUCAGACAAAUUAAUGUGUUCAGGAUGUAAACUGUACACAUUCGUGAAUACAGGUUCUCAAACAGUCAUAUGUAUAUAAUGUGUAUAUAGACAAUUACAGAUCACAGUGGCCAUUUGAGGUCUUCUCUAUUCAUGUAGUUUUGGGUUCUCCAGUACAUUUGUCUCCAAGUCCACAAGAUGCAGUUUUUCAGGAACUGUAGAGAUGAAGCAGGAAAAUAUUUUUGUGUAAUGUUUGUAUUUCUUUUAGUACAUGACUAAAAUUCAAACAGCAGUACUUCUGAAAAAUUGUGAGCCUUACCAGUGUAGGUUUCAAGGUAAUGAUUGCACCAAAAAGUAAAAAUCUGAAAACAACGGAUAACACUGAGGCUUGUACUUUAGAUAAAAGAUAAACAAAUUUUUAAAAAUUAAUUAUUGGUCAUACAGAGCUAAACUAAUAGCUCUGUAAAAGAUAAAUUUUCAAUUGUGUGUGUAAUACUUGCUAGUCCUUUACUUUGCAAGAUACUGAAUGAGCACAGGAGUGGUGGGAUUUGGGCAAGAAUUGAAGCAGUGACAUAAGGACACAUGCAUUGCAUCUCUUUCUGCUUCCUGCAGGGCAUGUAUUUCUUUACAUUUCUCUGCUGGAUUAACAAAAUGUGAUGACAUUUCUGCAGGGAGUGGGUCCCAGCCAGCCCCUCGUGCUGGUCCCACUGCUGGGCAGGCAGGGUGCUCAGCGAGGAGGGAGCUGUCCCUCUGUCCAUUGCAGAUACCAGGCAUGCUUCUGGAAUGUUGUCAGGAGCUUCAGCAACCUGCUGAAACCUCCUGCUCUCUGUUAGUGGCAAAUUGAGCUGGGCUGGUGAAGCAGCCAGUGUGGUGGGCUACAGGUUGGGAGUGGGCAGACAUCCUCUGCGGCCAGAGCCCCGGUCAGAGCAUCACUGAUAGCGUGUCUGUCAGGUAGAUGCUGGCACAUGCCCUGUCCUGCACUUCUUCCUUUCCAAAAGUACUUCCUUGAGUUCUAGUGCAAUGGCUUAGCUGUGUCUUUCUUGUGCAGUUGUUUAUGAAAUGGUUAUCUAUCUCUGUGGUAGUUAUUUUGCAAUAGAAACCCAUCCUGUUUCUGUGUCAGAGAGCUGGAGCAUCGUCAUCUCAGUGAAUUCAUGUGGAGACUCGGCCUUUCCAGACUGAAUUACACAAUUGAAGUUACAAUAAAAAGAGGAAAAAAGUUGAUCUGCAUCAUACAUCUUGUAUUUCAGAGCAGCUCACACAGAGGGAAAUAAGAGCAGAGCACUGAUAAGCUGUGGAUUAAUGUUCCUCAGCUUUUAAUAAGUACAUAAAGUUGUGUUAAUGUGUCUUGAGCUUUCGUUUUUCAGAAUUAAGAGAAAACAUUGCAGGUUUUUUCCCCUCCCUGCCCUAAGCAGGCUCUCCAAGCACGGGACCUGAUGGACAAAGCUCUGCAUCUCUCAGCCGAAGCCAUUUGGGUGCAGCAGCGGGUUCCCAGGCGUGGGGCAGUCCUGCUCCCCAUCCCCCCUGGCACAGCCGUUCCAGGCAGGAGGGUUCAGAUCCCUGCUUGUUUAGAUAGAGCCGCCCUAAGUGAAAGGAUUGGGUAAGUAACAGAGAAGUCUUCUUGUUUUCCACUCAUUUUGCUGCGAAAUAUUUCCUUUGAGCAGGAGAUUUAUAUCUGGCUCUUGCCCGGUGUUUCACCAAAUCUGCAGCCAGAGCGAAGCAGCCCCAGACGGAGGCUUGGCUGAUGAAUGCAGCUGAUUCAGGGCAGGCCACGGCCCACGAACAGAAACCUUUUGAAGGCAGGAGCGCCUUCUUUUAUGGGAUGGCGCCGCGUGCUUAGAAAGAAGGCAGAAAGGAUGCUUUCAGGCCGGGGCAGCCAGAGGCGUCAGGCAUGGUUUGGUGUUGGGCAACAAGGUGGCAAGGGGAACGGAGCAUCCUGCACUUUGGGCAUGCCAGCCCUGCUGCUGGUGAAGUGCAGGACACUGGGGGCAUGGCGAGGGGCAGCAUGGGCUCCGCCUCUCUCCGAGGGCUUGUGGUUGUGGCGUGGUUGGCAGAGGCUCGAGUGCAGCUGGUUGUUUCCUGGGGACAGUGGCAGUAACCCUUGGAAAGCCUUGGAAUACGUGUAUGGGUGUGUAUAGGAGAGUGCUGCACAGGCAAGUUUGUUAUGACCUUUGGAUUGUUCCUUGGAACAAGGGUUCAAGUCUAAACAUGAUCUCAAUGUGGGACUAACACUAAGCCAUUUUUAAAAAUUGCAGUUGAAGCUACACAAAUGAGUAAAUGAAACAGCAGACCUUAUACCAUUAAGCUAAAACAUUAUUUAGAUUAGUGAGCUGGAAUGGGAGAGAAAGAGGACAUUGUUGAAAAUCUUUCUUAAAGAUACUGUAUAUCCCUCCUAAAGACAGCAGGAUGGUGUGGAGAUGAGGGAAUCAAAGGGCAGAAAACACCAUUUCCCUUUCAGCUGCCCUGGAGAGGGACUGAGGAUGAGGACUAGUGUGUCUGUGUAACACCUGGUUUCCCAGUAGAGGAGCCUUCAGAGACAGGAGUGUGAAACAUCUUCGAAGAUGAUUCAAGCAGAAAUAAAGCAGCAUGCAGGUUUUAUAAUGUGCAGUAAGGAGGCACUACGUGUCUUCCAGUUUCUGAGUAAAUGGCAGGGCUGCAUUGGGGAAAUGUCACUUAAGUAUUAAUUAAACAUGACAAAAUUAUCACGAUUUUGAUAGCAAAUUGGCAUGUCCCAAAUACCAGCUUAACCAUAAAAUGUUAGGGUUCCCUUCCCUUGUUCAUGUUUGGCUUUCUACUGAAUACAGCAAACCAUCUAUUUUGAAAGAAGUAAUGUCCUGUGGAGGGUUGCAGUGCAGAACAGGCUGUGGGGGCUUGUGGUAGAGUCCCAGGCAGGAAGAGGAGCUCUGAAUUUGUUCUGUGCCCUGCAACACGCUGUAUAGCAGCCUGGCAGCAUCGUGAAACAAGGCAGAAUUGUCGGCUUAGCAGUAAACUGGGUCCAAGCGUGGUCACAAGCUGCAGCAGCCCUGCAGGGCAGCAGGAGGGCAUGGGAUGCAGGGCAGCCUGGGCUCCAAGCUCAGGCUCAGGCAGCUUGUGUGGAUUUGCUUUGGAGAGCCAAGUUCAAUUGUCAGUGCAUAGAUGCAAUCCUCAGCAAAACCACUGCCAGACCUCUCAGUAAUUGGCACCUUCUGAACAAAAAGGCAAAGACAAAGUACGGGGGCAGAGAGAUGGAGCUUUAGGCUCGGCUUGGAGCACAGACUUGCACAGAAGGGCAUUUUGGCUGCAGCUCCUGCAAAUUAAUUGUAGGGUUAGAGAAUGAGCUUCAGUCUCAGCAUUUCAUAACCAUGACAUGCAAUCCAUCUCAGUAAAACAGAAGGAUGGCAGUAUAUUUCUAGGUGCUCUUUUGUCUGUAAUCCCAAGGGGAAACUUUUCUUCAGUUUUACCAGACCUUGUCACUGCUCAAAUCAAUUUAUUAGUUUUACCUCAUUGUUUUCUGUCAUUCCAAGUCCGGUGUCUUCAGAUAUUUCCUCAUUUUCUUCUGAAGGUUCCUGCUAGGCUUAUUUUGUCUGUUGGCAUUUUGAGAAGAAAAAUGUAAUCGUCAUGCUGACUGAAUGUCAACUAAUGCUGUGAUUAAAAAGUAGCUUACAACAAAA